GCCGUUACGUUGCAUUUCGGUCUGCGUGUGACCGCACUUUCACAAAAUCGAUAAUAGAGCGAGGAAUAGAAGAGGAAGUUAGAUGAAUUCCAUUCAGCGCAGCUGAUAUAUAGCGGCCACAUUCAUCCGGCUUAGAUAAACGACUAUCACUAUAAGAUCAAAUAGGAAUUUUUUUUUUUUUUAAAUAACGUUAUUUUAAUUCUGUUACAUUUAACGUGCGAUGCAUUUCGCUUGCGAUACGUAUCAUUACGGCGGCAUUAUGGCCUCAAACAAAAGCUGCUAACAUCGACUCAAAGAGACGUCGGAGAAUUCACAGUUUUGAUCCGGAGGAUCAAACAGAUCAUGCGUCCGACGGCCGCGCGAUCAAAUCGAUCAUCAUUCUUACAUCAUUCCCGACCAUCUCCGAUUCCAGCUCCGUCAACAACGUCCGUUUGCCAUCAGCAGCAGCAGCAACAAAUGCUAUACGCCCCUAUCAGUAACCUAAUGAUGACUCUUCAGCCAUGUGGAACAGCGCUUCAUUCUUCCUGUGUUUAUCCGAGCGUUCAGCCUCAUCUCGCUUUACCGAAUUCCGUUCCUCUGCAUUAUCACCAAGGUAAAAAUAAUCGAUGGCAUUCCAAGAACAAGCUGUCUCGCAAUCAGCAAUAUUGCCAACAGCAGCAGCAGCAACAACAGCUUUCGUACAACUCGAAACCCAUGAGGUUCUUUGAUCAACAACCGUCUUCCAGCGUCGCCCCGUCGAUCUCACCGUCAGCCACGUCCUUCUUAGUAGCCUCUUCCACGUUCGCUCAUGCUGGACCAUUGCCCAGCGAGCACUACAACAAUAGUUCCGGGAUCACGCACAUGUUGCCGCAAUCUUUCAAGUCGCCGGACGUGCAGAGCUUCUGUUUCGUUCAGGAUCGGCAAAACGCUCAGCAGCAGCAACAACUACCGAUGCAAGCUUCCUACUACAAUAUCUCAGCCACGAACACCUGCAGCCUACAGACCGUCAACGCCAACUCGUCCUUUCCGCUCUCCAACCUCGCGCCUUACACCAACCUGACAACCUUCAGCAGCAACAAUCAGUUCCCGACGCAGUCCUCGCCGCUCUUCUCGAAUACGCCCGUUAAUUUUGUCGUCGGUUCAACGUGUACGGACAAAUCCGCGCCGUUGCCCACGUUGGAAAUGUUGCCGUUCAAGCAGAACGUGAACAAGAUAUCGAGCGUCUGCGAGUCCCGAAUUGCUCCGAUCAGUAACAACUUGGAAAAUUCCAACGAUUGGCCGUCUCAGAUCGAGGCGUCCUCCAAAAAUUCGUACGACGCGCUAAUCGCGGGCAACAACAAGAUUACCGAGUCGACCGACUGUGUAUUGCAAAAACCUGUUUCGGUACCCACGAAGAUCGACGAAGAACAUUAUUCCGACGAAUCCUCGGCCAGCUUCGAUUUCACCAUCGAGGCAGAAAAAAUGGUUUCCGCUUUGUGCAAUACCACGUCCUCGAACGAUUUAGGUAAGGAGGAAUCGAAACCCGCCAACAAAACCGACACAGCGCCUUUAUUUAGCGGCGCGGGUGACAACAUGCCCAGCAACAAGACGAGUAGUUGGUUCACCGAUUUGUGUCCCGAAUACGAAAACGGGAUGUCGAUAGGCGUCCAGACCGACAGUUCGUGCAUCGACAGAUCGCAAUAUCCAGAACUGAUUCGAAAGACAGCGUACUGGGGAUGCACGGAGGCUGAGACGUUGCUUGCUUGCGACGGAACGCACGCGGACUCCAAGCGAAGUUGGUUAACGUGUUUGUCAUCCGCCACGAGGACAGCGAUCACAAAGUCUUCGACCUGCAUUCCGGUUUUCGCGGGCGAUCAGGUUUUCACGAGUGAUCUCGUGAACGCUCUUCUGCGCAUCAGCAACGGAUGGCUCAGCCUCGACAAUUACCUGAACAAGCAACAUUUUCCCAAUUUGCUGGACAGACUGGAUCCCGAAUUGAUCGUGUGCUUUCACACGUGGGAAGAGAACACGUGCGAAUUACUGAAGCAAAUAGUGAAGACCUUCCAGAAAUUCGGAGAAAACACCGAGGCGACGGAUCAGAAGCGCAACGCAACCUGCGAAUCGUCCUCAUUUCCGGGCGACGUGUCGCUCUAUACGAACUGCGAUCUCUUCUUCCAGUUGCCGUCGUUUAGUUCUCAGCAAAACGCGGUUGGGAAAUCGUCUGCUCAGGAAAAUGCGCGGGGUGCGACUUCGGCGCCGCUAUCGACGAGUAGUUUGCGUAAUUUUCAAUACAACUCCGGUCAGCAGGAAAGCAAAUUACGAAGCAAGUGGACGAUCACGGAGAACCUGUCGUCCGCGAUUAACACCACGAAGUCCGUGCCGAACGUAUCCACGUGUCACACUGACGUAGGCGGUCUGACAGGCAGUAAACUUCGCACGAAAGACGCGUCCUCGUUCAGGAAAGUGGAUUCGACUCACAAAUCGCUCAACGCCGAGUUUUGUCAGCUGAGAAACAAAGUGAUGGAAAGCAACGCGGACGCGACGAAGGACAGAAGACACAACUACACGUCGGAAAAUAAGCUUUCAUCUUCCGCGUUGAAUAACACGGAGUCCAUUCGACUUCAACAUUCAGCGGUGAACACUCCUGUCAAUUACAGCGGACUGUAUGCGGAAAACUGUUUGUCCUUCACGUUUCCUCUGUCCGGUAAUCCGGAGUCUUCUUAUUCCGCGUCCAAUCCGGGAGUUCUGACGUACGGAAGAUCCGGUUAUUCGCCUUCGGUUUCCUAUCCGACUGCCGACGUCAACUCGAGGAGCAAACGAAAUUGCGAGCAAACGUGCGGGAGCGCCAAGAGCGCGAAUUCGACAAUUUACAGACCGCACACGAUCGAUCACGUGGAACUGCCGGCUGUGCCGAGAAAUAAGGUGACUCUGCUCAGUCAGAUAGAGCCGAGAACGUUCGACAAGGAGUCCGAGGAAAUGGCGGCCAAUCUGUCGGCCUGGUUUGCCAGCAUGCGAAACACCCAGCUUCCAGCGACCGUCGUGCCUACCUUCGACGAGCCGAUAAUGAACGAUAACUCGGCGCCGCGACUGUUUAUCCAGCAGGAUGUGCCGAAGUAUUCGAGUUUGGGCGUGUCCAAACAGAUCGACGCGAAUCGUCAGUUUCAAGCGCUGCAAAAUCUGCCGAACAUCCAGAGCACGCCGUGGGUCGCCGACAAUUUCGUCGGCAAUCGUUUUCAGACGCAGCAGCAGCAGCAGAUACCGGAAGAGUACGACAGUUCCGAGGACGUGCGGGUGUACAUGAAGCCGGGAAGCUACAACGUGCCGAAGAAGCGCCAUCAGAGAAGACCGAAUCGUCGAUCGGAUAAUAACGCGACGUCCCGUAACAAUUAUCACAGUACGUGCGGCAAUAAGGGAAAGAACAUACCGAUACCCGCGUCAUUGACGCCUUUGUCGCACAACGAACCGAUCACGAACAUCGGCAACGCCACGCUGAUAAAAACCUCGUUCCCGCCAGCCUCGCAGUUGCCUACGCCAAUGUUCAAUCUCGAGAACUCGCCUAGAAUCUUGAAACGCGUGGAAUCGCAAGACACUCGUCAAGACGUGACCUGGAAAGCGGCGUGCGCCUCAGCCGAAAUACUCUUGGAAGCUCUUAACGUGAAGGACUGCGUCAAUAAGACGUCCAAGACGAUCAAUUGCAGCGACAGCGCCGAGAAAGACGACAAGAUCGAGAACGUUAAUAAAACGUUACCGACGACGUUGCAAGACGAUUCGAUCAAGCACGAGAACGUCGACUGCGCCACGUCCUACGAAGCCUCGGAGGACGACUCGGGAUCCACGAGCAGAUUGUCGCCCAGCACGAGCGUCAUAUCGAUGUCCCAGUCGCGCGAGGAUGAAAACGCAUGUUCAACAGCUCUCAGUAUCAGGACCAACGUGAAAACGGACUCCUGGCUAAUCAGAACUCUCAAUAAUGCGAGCGUCGUCAGCAAACGAUGCAAGGACGACGCGGACGGACGGAGCUCGGAAUCUUCGAACAGUUCGGAGACCGCCGACGUGAAACCGGAUCGGCUCGCGUCGUCGCUGAUUACGGACGAAGAUACGAGAACUUCUACCACGACAAUCGUCGACAGCGAAUACCCGGCGAUUUUGUCUCGCAAGCGCGUCUCGAAUUUGUUCGCGAAAAGCGGCGGCGAAACGCCGACCAAGGAAUCGGAAAGGUACGUCGGAAGAGCCACGUACUCCGAAACGGUGCGAAGAUCCGUGAAGUCGAACAAUACGCACAGCGACAGAAAGGAGUCCUGUAAGUACACAACCGGUUUGUCGAUGGCCACCGUGAUGCCGAUUCCCGGUCGCAAGAAUCCGAGAAAGGACUCCGAAUACUCGUAUCAACUUCUGCAAAAGUCAAGAAAAUCGACCGACAGAAAAGCGGCGAGAAUCACGGACGGCAGCGACGUUCAAGUGGAUGAGGGACCGUCCGCGAAAAUCAGCAGCGGUGUCCGACCCAAUAGCGUGACGUUGAAAACGGCCACCAAAACCCAUGGGAAAAAGAAGGAUCUGGAAGCAGCGGAGAGCAAAUGCGCCGGUAAAUCGGGUGAUCGCGGCUGGUCGGUGUGGUACAGUUCGAGAAAAAAACAGAGUCUCAGUCCUCUGGCGCUCAGCAAACUCGAAACGAUUCAUCAGACCGUCUGGCAGAUGGACGAAGCGAAGAUCUUCCGCUACCCGCUGUCGCGCGAAAACAAGGAGCGUCCAUCCGCGGAAAUAACGGAGGAUUACUGCAAGCUUGUUAAAAACCCGAUGUUUCUCGAAAUCGUCGAGUACAAGCUGAAGAACCGAAUUUAUCACAAGGUCGAACAAGCUGUGAUAGAUUUUCGUCGAAUUAUUCACAACGCGAGAUUGUGUCACCAGCACGAUGAUGAGCGAACAAGGAAGAUCGAGGUGCUGUCGAAGAGGCUGGAAGACUUGCUCGAGGAGCACUUCGGCAAUUGGAACUUGGACGGUGUUACUCCGCGAGAAGACUCACCGGUGCAAUUGCGAUUUACAACGACCGGACAGAAAUUGAUCGCGGGACAUUGCGACGGCACGAAGAAGUCCACGGAGAAUUCCCCGCUCCAUUGAUACGUUGCUUCUCUCGUCGAAAUAAAAAGAAAAUCGUCCAAAUCAUCGAAUCGAAGUAGCGCAUUCUAACGAUGAACAACAAAAAAAAAAAAAAAAAAACAAACAAAACUAGCAUUAUCGCGUCACACGUUGAUAGGACAUUUGUAUAUGUAAUAAUUUUCUCUAGUCACGAGCUAUUUUGUACACACACGAUUGACAAUAUCGUAGAUUUCUCGAUACCCCGCAGAUGUAAAACUCUUCAAUAAUUUUUUUUUUUUUCUCUUGUCUCGAUAAUCGAACAGACAGGAUUUGGAGGAUUUCAUUUUAAGUUUAUGCGUGUGAAAACAAAAGCGAUUGAAUUACCAUUCUAAUUUCAUAGCGAUAUCUCUCUCUCUCUCUCUCUCUCACUGCGAGAAACUGUAACAAAGUAUCGUCAUAGAGAUUCUUCCACUUCUGUAAAAACAAAACGAAACAAAAACAAAAACGAAAACAAUAGUGCGCGAUAGUGACGCAAGUAUCGACGUGCAAUGUAAUUUUUCACGUUUAUUGUUACAACUAUAUUAAUAACGAAAGCCAAUUUCGAUUCAUUUCGUCUUCGAUGCUCUUGUUUGAGAGGUGUCGUUUUUAGAACAGAGUGAUACUAAUCAUGAAAUACAUUAAACUGAUCGUCUUAUCGUCUUGCGUUUUGAAUUUAUAUACGCGUCUCUAAGACUGUCGAGUGCAAGAUCGAUUCGUUAAAUUACGCACACGCCACGCGGAAAGAGAACAGAGCUUCCAUCUUCUCAAAGAAAAAGAAACGAGUCUCUGGUGCAUUCCGAGGAGAAAAGAAAUUCUCGCGAGAGAAUUUCAAGAGUUAGCGCGCACGUGCGUCGCUCUCUCGCGGA